AUGCUUAUACUUACCUGGGUGGACAGUGAUAUCCGACUAGACGAUGAGUUGGUCGAAGAACGACAAUGCCAUUUCUGGGAGGUUCAGUAUAACUCAGAUCGGCCUUCCCACGUCUAUGUCCGCAAUAUGAGCCUAAGCGGCACCACGUACAUCGUUCGCAAAGGGGAGCGUAUCCCCCUCUCACCGUAUGCCCCUGCAGGUCGUGGGUGGCUCAUUGAACCCAAUACCGUUGUUCAAUUCGCUGGGUACACUGUCACUGUCCAGCACCGAUACCUUAGUCCUAUUGUAGAGGAGCUUGAUGUCAUCCAGCAAGCCGAGUAUAGACAAUUUCAAAAGGACUUUGAGAUAUGCGAUAUUGUUAUGGGCUCCGGCGGUCAAGGCGAAGUCCGUCUAGCCCUGAACCUUAGGACCAAGGAGCAAUGCGUCGUCAAGAUUGUCAACUUAGUUAAAAUGGUGGAGUGUGCUGGCCCCCGCGGACUUCAUUGGAUCAACCGUUGCCGUCGCGAGGCCGAAGUCCUUGGCCAACUUAAUCAUCAUAAUGUCGUCAAGCUCAUCACUCACUACCGAUCCGCUUAUUCUGUCUUCCUCUUCCUAGAGCUAGCCUCUGGCGGUGAUUUAACCUCGUACAUGCUCAAGACUAGGCCCAUGCGCGGAAGCGAUUGCCAGGGUAUCCUACGCCAGGUUGUUUCAGGCCUCCGGUACAUUCACGAUCGAGGCCUUGUCCACCGAGAUUUGAAGCCAUGCAAUAUCUUGCUAGCCUCGAUUCCGCGCGGCACCCACCGCGUGUGCAUCUCUGACUUUGGGUGCGCCGACAUCUUUGCGGCUCGGCGGCUCAUGUCGGGCGUGGGCACCCGCGGGUACCAAGCGCCCGAGGUCCAGUUCCGCUCAUCGCCCCAGACUACAAGCGCCGACAUGUGGUCCCUGGGAAUGGUCGCCGUUGACAUGUACGGCUCGCGGCCCAGCUUGGCCCGCGAUUUCAUCCAGCGAUGUCUCCGAAUUGACCCCAACGAAAGGAUGACUAUCCACGAGGCUGCUGAGCAUCCAUUUCUCAAGAACAACGAUGCCGUGUGGUCCGUGGUGGAACGCAUACAAGAGCAAGGCAUCCCCAAGGUCACCCCCAUCACCACUUUUGGUGGCGAGCUUAUCGAUCAGCUCUGGGGUUCCGCCCAGAACGACCACCCCCAGGAGGAGCCUCCCCUGCAUCUCCUGCUUUCCAAGUUUGGUAUUUCUCGGGACGAGGAGGAAAGUUCGUCUCCGGAAAUGGAGUGCUCCCUUUCACAGAAGGGGUCCAUCUCCCACCUUCAUGUCGGCCUAAGCGAGAUGCGACGGGUGUCGAGCGGCGGCCGAACCAAGCCCGGCGGCUCAGCGAGGAUUGGAGUAAAAGGAAGUGGUUCGAAGUCGGCGCGGAAGUCGGCAGCGGCUGCCCGACUUUCCGUUGGUGGUUCGAACGAAGCUGCCAACGUCCGUUAG